AUGUCUCGUCGUGGUGCUUUAAUUGUUUUCGAAGGACUCGACAGAAGUGGAAAAUCAACUCAAGCUAAACGAUUAGCUGAAAGAAUCAAUUCAACUGGGGGUCAAGCUGUACUGCUACCAUUCCCUGAUAGAAAAGAACCAUUUGGCCAGGUAAUAGAUCGUUAUCUAAGAAAAGAAAUCGAUCUCUGUGAACGAGCACUACAUCUGGCUUUUUCGGCAAAUCGAUGGGAAAAAGCAGCUUUUAUUGAAGAGAAGAUAGCUGCCGGUGUGGAUGUCAUUUGUGAUCGCUACUGUUUCAGUGGUGUAGCAUACUCAAUCGCUAAAGGCUUAGACUCGAAUUGGGUACGUCAAGCGGACAUUGGUCUACCUCGUCCAGAUGUCGUACUGUUUUUCGAAGUGUCACCAGCAGUAGUAAAACAAAGAAACGGUUACGGUGGUGAACGUCUUGAAUGCGAUAUACUUCAACGUAAAGUUUACCAGGCAAUGAAAGAUCUGAGAAAAAGCUACUGGCAGAGUGUAAAUGCCGAUUACGAUAUGGAUACGGUCGAGAAGGUUGUUUACGAUAUCUACGAAAACAUUCCACGAAGUAAACCUUUGGGUAAAAUCGAGUCCCUUUGA